UCCAGCUGGACGUCGCUGGCGUCGGUCCGUAGUUAGUUUAGCUCAGAGGAGCAAACAGGCUCAGAAGCUCCGCUUAAAGCCGCGAUUUAACAUUUUUAAACAACAUUUUAUCAACAUCUAACUACGGGAACCGACAGCCGGAGUGUUUACGGUUAACGGGACUCACCGGGAGUAGAGGAGCUUGUUGUUGUGUUGCUCCGACAGACAGACAGACUGUGUGUGUGUCCUGAGGGGGGCGGAGCCAGAGUUUGCUUCUGUUUCCUGUCUGGGAGGAAACGGUGGACGUCUGAGAGAGAUGAUGUUAAGCUAAAGGACGAGAGGAGCUGUCACUCAAACCAGUAACACGCCCCCAAACAGCACCAGCAGCCAAUCAGCGCGCAGUUUGGAGGACCAUCAUGCACCUGAAGUCGUACCCGAAGCUCGUGCGCUCUGAGCUGCGUCUGGAUGUGGUCGGUGUUCAGGCGCCUCAGCGCGGCCAGCUGAGGACCUGCGCCGGUAACCGAGGCAACAGCCGCCUCCCGUUCGGCGUCCUCUCCGCCAACACGCCCCUCUGGCUGCCGGGCGGCGAGAACGACUCGCUGCGGCUCUACCAGACCGCCGCGGAGGACGCGGACGCCACGCCGGACGUCUGGACCGUCAUCAAGCCGGGGCACGUCCGGGAGAAGAUCGCCAUCUUCGCUUCGGACGACCGCUGCACCGCCGGCGUGGCGCCCGGCGCCCGCGUGGCGUCCACGGUCCACGACGUGCCGAUGAUGUCGGGGCUGUCGCGCGCCACGAAGGCGAAGGGAAGCUGGCAGGAGAACUCCAGCGCCAAACGGCGCCGCAGGUCCGGAAACGAACAGCGGAUGAACGCUCGCCAAGCGUCUCCGCGGCGAUCUGACAAGGCCGCGGUGGCGGUGGCGGUGGCGACCACGGCGCCGGAGGAGACGAAAGUUUCGGUGGUGGAGAUGGUGGCGUUCCUGGAGCAGAGAGCCAGCGAGCCGCCGCAGCAGCCGGACGCCAAGCCGCUGCUCGCCACGCAGAGAAGCUCCGCCUCCAUCACGCUGUCCAGAGCCCCGCCCACUGAGGUCAGAGGGGCGGAGCCAGAGAGCGACCGGGGGGAGGAGCCAGAGAGCGUGCGAGUGUCCGACAUGGUGGCGAGGCUGGAGUCGGCGUGCGAGAACCGGCCGUCGGCGGGAGAUCUGUCGAGGAACAACAGCCUGCGGCGGACGGUGGGACGCGUCCUGCUCGCCGCCGCCACGGACCAGAGCUCCGCCCCCUCGCCAUCAUCGAUUACAUCGUCGGACAGGGAGCCAACCGGCUGCUCAGAAACAGCCGUCUCCGCUGUGGCUAACGCUAACGCUAGCGGUAGCUCUGGAGACGAGACGCUGGACGGCGCCACAGAGACUCUCACUCAGGCUCCUCCCCUCACACAGGCUCCGCCCACUCCAAAGGUGGAGCCUCUGCCCGGCCUGUUGUUCAUGCUCCCUGCCGCUCGCUGUGACCCUGGCAGCCAAUCAGAGAAGAGGAGGAGGAGGAAGGCGGACCGAGCUCAGCAGGAGGAGAUGGUUCAGGAUGUGGAUACUGGCGUUGUGACUCUCUCCUCCUCCUUCUCCUCCUCCUCCUCCUCCUCCUCCUCCUCCUCCUCUUCCUCGCUACCGCGGCGUGCGUCCCCUGACUUCCCUGUUGAUGCGCCAGCGGCUGCAGCAGCUGUUGGCGCCCCAGCCCUUCCUCGCCAUUCUGCGCACCGUGCUGCGGACGUGCUGCGCUGCUGCCGUAGGCCUGGCGGCCUCAGGUGCACCUGCAGCUUCGGCUCCGUCAUGCGGCGACGCUACGGCGUCACGGCCGACUUCGCUGUGGGUAUGUCGACCCGACGCCGACCUGCAAGCGAAGGUGCAAAGAAGCGGUGCGGUAGCGGCGGCGAUGUGCUGUUGUGCGCUGGCACCACAAGCCGUACUGCCAGGCGCUGCCCUACGGCCCCGGCUACUGGAUGUGCUACCAGCCACGGGAUCCCAGAUUUGUAG